UCCCACUCGAUAUAUCUCUGCCUCUUCUCCUCUUCUUGUGGCACCCGGAGAGAACACUCAUCCUCGUUUCUCAGAUUUGUCCAGAUACACGAGCAAAAAUCAACCUAUUAACACUCGAAGCGUGCAGCAUCAACUGCUGAUCAAGCAAAGAACACUCAACCACAAGUAGAGCAUCUCCCUUCAAACAAACCCCCAAACAACCACCAAAAUGCCCGUCCGCAUCCCCGCCGCCGGUAUGACCGAGUACAUCUUCUUCGGCGCUGCCGGCGUGGGCACGCUCGCCCCCCUUGCCAUGGGCAUCCCGGGCGCCGAAGAGCGCGUAGCUCGACAGACUACCAAGUGGGCGCCCAGAUGGGAGCGCAACAUCAACUUCUUCACGAACCACGUCCCCGUCGAGCGCGGCGUCCAGCGUAUCACACCCCCCGUCGAGCGCGCCGUCCAUCGCAUCGAGCACGAAUUGCCCCUUGAACGAGCGGCUAUUGCUACGAGCCAUGUCGCGGAAAAGAGCAUGAAGCCGUUGGACAAGAUUAAGCACAAUUGGACCAUGGAUUAACUUUUCCUGAUGUAAUUGGGGAGUAAGGGCUGGAAUUGGAAGGAUGGUUGUAACACGG